CACUCCAUCUAAAUGUUUUUUCCUUUUCACUCCAUUUUAUUACAUUUUGCUAUUGGUCCCAUUUGAUGGCGUCUGCUCUCGUUUAAUAUUCUUACGUCAAAUGAAGCCCAAAAACCACUGACACGUCCGCCUAUAUUUAUCGUUUACGAUAAAUUCCAUUGCCGGGCGGUAAAUUUUUUAAGAUAAUCGGCAUUGAUGGUAAUGCAUGCGAGGAAACUUCAAAGGAUUAGUGAUGGGUAUUAUGACAAGAACCCGUCCCAUCAGUAUCAGAAUUCCAAAUAUUUAGUGUCAAAAAAUUCAAGUAGUGAUCAAAAAUAUGGAAGUGUUAGAGGUAAUGGUACCUCAUAUGCAAGUCCUGGAAGAGGGAGCCCAUCAAGAGAUCGAUCAUAUUCUAGUAAAAGUUCAUAUCACUCCCAAAAAAGUCACAGAGAUAAGGAGAGAGAUUCUCGAGACUAUAAAUCUAGAAAUAGUGAUAAAUAUUCUGAUUAUAGUAGGUCUCCAAAGGAUAGACGAAGUAGAGAUGAAUAUAGGACAAACCAUGACAGGAUUAGUCCAGAAAAAAUGGUUGUUCAUUCAGUAAAAUGGUCAAAUUCCAGGGAUUCCAGAGAUUCAAGAGAAUCUGGUCAACGUAAAGUAGUUCAUAGCUCUUGUCAAAGUAGCAGCAGCAGUAGUAAUAACCGUGAAUCCCGUUCUGGUGGAAGUUCAUCCGUCACAAAAGUUGGUGAUUGGUCCGAACAUACAAGUUCUUCAGGCAAGAAAUACUAUUAUAAUUGUAAAACUGAAGUGUCACAAUGGGAUCAGCCAAGAGAAUGGUUAGAAGCUUAUCCUGCAUCUCAACCUUCUCGAACGCAAUACCACCAUGACAAACAUUCCAAUAACUCUAUGAUGAGAUCAUCAUCAAUGAGCAAUCAUGUGAACAAAGUUCCACAACAAUCCUCUCAACAACAAGCUAAUUGUACUAGUAGACAAACUCAUCACCAAAAAGAUGCUUAUUGGAACCAAAUGCGAAGUAAUAAUCUUCCAAUAAAUGUUUCUCAAUCUCAUCAUGUGUCAGAAUGUAAUAUAGACAGGCUUGAACAAGAUGUGCCAACUAUAAUUAAUUCCUGCGAUUCUUCUCAAACACAAGAUAUGGAAUUAUGCAGUGGCGACAGUACUCCUACUUCUGUAAAGUCUUUUCAACUAUCAAAUGUACCUACACAGAGGCAUAAUUCUUCUACUCCUCAAUCCCAAGCAAAAGGAGUCGAAGCUAGCAGUGAACCUUGUGAAAAAACAAAUGUUGAUGCUGGAUCAACAACGCCUCCUUUAUCCAAUGUAACUCAGAAUUUAGUUGAAUCUUCAACAACCAAUAAUGUAAUUGAUCGAGGUCCACCUACUCCAACAAGUACAGAAACUAAUAAUACCCAAGAAGCUAAUAAAGGAAGUCCUGUAACAAACCAUGUAGAACAAGUGGCCCAAGCAAACUCUGUAAUAAGCUACAGACAGAUUGGCACAGCAACCUCACCUGGGCUAUCACGUUUUGUACGUGAUGAUUUAACAACACAUGUUAAAUCUUGGCCAGCUGAUAUUUUAGCUAAACAGGCACAAAAGUUAAAUGAAGAAGCCCAUCUAUUAGGUAGUGCACACUGUUCACGAGUAUCUGCUGAACUCAAAUAUUCACGGUCUAUUGUUCGUUUGACUGAAGUUCAAGCAUCCUUAUUAGAACACAAGGUGUUAUUUUUGCAACGACAAAUUAAGACCUUAGAAAAACUAAAAUCAGAAAAUUCAUUUAUGAAUGAAGGAGAUGAAGGAAGGACAACUUGAUUAUACUAUGGUCUCAAGACCAAAACUAUGUUCCAAUUAUUAGGUAUUUGGUAUUCUUUAUUUAUCGUGCUAGUGCUGAAGUUAUUUUGUUUUAUUAUAGCUGUCAGAACUUUUUAUAUUAAUUUAAAUACAGGUACCUACCAAGUACUACAA